GAGGGUUCAAGCCUUCCCCAGCUGCAGCUUCGGAAAAGGAUGCUCGAGCGUUUCUCUACGAGUGCAAGGGAACUGCGGGAGGGACUUGCAUCCCUGGCCGGGGCGGGAGUGGAGCUGUACUAGCUUUUGCCUGCUGGCGGACGCCUUCCGAGACCGAGGAAGGACACCGAGGACAGUCUUUCGUUCUGCCUUCCACCCAGGGGCCCCGAAGUGUAUCUCUCGCUCCGUCCCGUCCCCCACCCUCCACAUCCACCCCUUGAUGGCAUGAUCACCUGCGAUCAGAUCAGUGGCCUGAGAGGGAAGGAGAGAUGGGACGCCGGGGGUGAUGGAGGGGAGGCAGGCUUCUUGGAGCAGCUCGUUUAAUUGGGGGAGGGUGAACAAAGGCUGUUUAAACCUUUGAGGAGUAGGCAGAGGCUCUCGGGAUGAGUGUAUACCCCUGGCCUGCUAAUAUUAGCCUCGUUUUCCUGAAAAGAAGAAAUUCCAGAUGCUUGCUGCACACGUCCCUGUAAGAAGCGUGGAAGUUUAACCUGUAACCUGCAUGACAGAGGUGGGGGCCGGGACUUGCAGGCCCGGAGCAGGGAAGGGAGUGGUCACCCCCCCCCCAGACCAGAUGUCCAGGGUUGAAACCGCUCGACCUCACUCCUGCUCUGGACCAGCUCCUCCCGGUUCCACAGUAGCCCGGCCCCACACCCAAACUCAGAACGCUUAGAGUAGGGGGUUGGCAAACUGGAGGGAGUCUCCGCCGGCUGACCUCGCCUCGCGGCUGGCUGGGUGCGGGGCACCGCAGAAUCCAGGACAGAACUCUUGGCACCAUGAACCCAGCCAUCGGCAUCGCUCUCCUGCUUUCAGUCUUGCAGAUGUCCCGAGGGCAGAAGGUGACCAGCCUGACAGCCUGCCUGGUGGACCAGAACCUUCGCCUGGACUGCCGUCAUGAGAAUAACACCAACUUGCCCAUCCAGCACGAGUUCAGCCUGACCCGAGAGAAAAAGAAGUACGUGCUCUCGGGCACCCUCGGGGUACCUGAGCACACGUACCGCUCUCGGGUGAGCCUCUCCAGCAAGCCCAACAUCAAGGUCCUCACCUUGGCCAACUUUACCAACAAGGACGAGGGCAUCUACACGUGUGAGCUGCGAACCUCGACCCAGCCUCCCACGGUCUCCUUUCAAAACAUCUCUGUGCUCAGAGACAAGCUGGUGAAGUGUGGUGGCAUAAGCCUGCUGGUUCAGAACACCUCAUGGCUGCUGCUGCUCCUGCUUUCGCUCUCCCUCCUCCAAGCCAUGGAUUUCAUUUCUCUGUGACUGGCUGGGCCCACGAAGAAACAGGAAGCCUCUAGGCCCAGUAAAGAGGUCCUGUUUCUCUGUGUCAGCUGACUCCCUCCCCUAGUCCCUCAAAUAUCUCAAAAAUGGGGAGAAGCGGGGACCCUGUCCCUCAUAAGGAACCCCAGUGCUGCAUGCCAUCGCCACCCACCCUCUCUUCACACCACUGGCUGUCAUUUUGUACUCUUUAUUCCAGGGUUGCUUCUGUCUGUUUAUUUAGGGCUUAUCCUUUCCUUUCUCUGAGAGUUUGGGACAAGGGAGGCCAGGACUGGGGACCUGACGGAGCAUAAGGGCAUAUGAUGGGCUGCGGGGUGGCAGGAUAUCAGUCUCUGAGGGAGGAGUUCCUCCUUGCCAACCAAGCCAGAUGCCUGAAAUAGGUAUGGAUGAGGGAGAUGGAGUGUGUUUGUGCCUGAUGCGCCCAGUGGGCAGGGAGGGGAUGCCUGAAGAUAGCAGGGCGCUGCUGUGCCUUUGUGGCCCAUCUAAUGAGGAUGAGAACGUAGCUUCUACGAGAUCAUUCUCAGCCACCACAUACAAGCCCCUUCCUAUCACUGAAGAAAUCUCUUGGGGCUCUUGAGCCAAGGUACACUCAGGAAAGAUGGAGGGAAUAUUGAGCCAGGAAAUACUGGGGGAAAGGAUAGGAGGUAGGGGGCCAUCAUCCCUCCUCUAAAACAAGAGCCUGCGGUCUCCAGUGCCACUGCCUGUAAUGAAAAGGGUGGCAGAGAAAGACAAGCCCUUCCUCUGCUCCCAAGGAAGCAGAAUUCUGACUACAGGAUCUAAGUCAGUGAAGGAAGGGAGCCCUAGGGCCACCCAGCUGGACUCAGCUUGCUAAGGAAGAUUCUUUGUUCUUCUUUCCCUUGCCCCUCUGUGCCAGCUCCUCUUGCUGUCCCAGAUCCCCCAAACAACCAGAGUCUUGCAACCUGCCUUGUCCAGGAAUUCCUAGUGUCAGAGGCAGGUGGUGGCGUGAGACGCAGCGUGCACACUUUUGGGAAGACAGCUUUUCCAAACACCCUCUUUCCCGCUGGCAGCUCUGCCCGUCCUGUCACUGUGUGUAAUGCCACCAUAGCUUAAAGCAUCUCACUGAGGAAAAAGAAAACUGCACAAUAAAACCAAGUCUCUGGAGUCUG